UCACCAUACUGUAAACGUAAACAAGAAGUGGUUGAGAAGUAAUUUUGUUUUAGAAUCAUAUGAAUUUAUUAGUUAAAAAAUUUUUCGGUAUAGAAAUAAUAUUUUGGAGGAAUAAUCUGUUGCUAAUUUAUGUAUUAAUGCACCAGUUUCAUAUGUUUCACAGUUAAUUGGGAAAUAUUAGAUAAAUUGAUUUGCUAAAAUUGAAUCUCUGAGUUAGCCUCUAGCACAAGUGAACCACGUUCUAAUGGAAGCGACUGUUGACGAAGAUAAUGUGGUAUUGAAGACAGCUGCCGAUGUGACAGCAGUCUCAAGCUGUGUACCAGGAAUGGAGCGUUGUAUGAAAAAAGAAGUUCUCUCGGCUAUCCAACGAGAUCUAACAGCAGCCGAUAUCAGAUGGAGCCUAUUUGUAGCAGCAUGUCAGAGCUACAAACAGGACUCUUGUCUUCGCCCGUUUCCUCCAAUGUUUUUAGUUGAUGGCACUAAGGAUUUUUCAGCCCUGAUGGAAGCAAUUGAGACUGUACCUCCGUUUGUGCAACUGGAAUCUUCUAUACACACUUUACUGAAGAAGACUUUGAUGCUUCUACACUGGUUGCUUGUUGAACUGAAGGAUCCCUCUCUGACAGUUGUCCACAAAUCAAAGAUGUCAGAAGUGAUGAGUCUAGUGCCAUGUGAGAUGGCAGUCCCACCCCCUACCUUGAUACUGAGAGUGGGCCCUCGCCCUGGGUCAAGUGCUGAAGGGCGAUGGGCAGAGCUCCAGCAAGACUAUGGCUCUGUACACGCCUUUCAUGGUAGCCGGGUAGAGAACUUCCAUUCCAUCCUACAGCAUGGGCUACAACAGUACAUGACGAAGCAAGCCUUGUUUGGUCAGGGUGUCUACCUGUCCAGUGAACUAUUAAUAUGUCUUCCAUACAGCAGGACUGGUUUGGGCUGGACGCACAGCGUGCUGGGUAGUGUGCUGAGUGUAGUCGUGCUCUGUGAGAUCUUGGACCAUCCUACUGUCAGCUGUCAAACUACAGGUGAUGAAGCGAAAUCACGAGCAAGGCCAGAGGACAGUCUAGCUGGGGAAGUGCCUCACAAAGUGUAUGUGGUACCUAACAGCGAUUUGCUUCGUUUGCGCUACUUGCUAGUCUACAAAGCUCAGCCUUCAUUGCUCGCACAACAACAAUUGAAUCGUCCAGGUUCUUCAUGCCUGUCUUGGCUCAGCAGCAACAAGAUGACCAUCUCUCUAGUCAUUUACGUGAUAAUGCUUGCAUCAAUUGGUCUCUCGCGCAGUGACACCUUUAAGCGCUAUUGGCAAAAACUGUGCCAUAUGCUUGGAUUCCACUUCUAGCAAAUCUGCCAAAGUCUUACCAAAGUUUUUGUGUUUGUUUAUAGUUCAAUGUUAUGGUAGUUGUUUAAAUGUAAGAUUAUUAUUGUUUAUACAAUCACAUAAUUAUAUACAGAGUUUAUAAAAAGUACAUUUUGAACUAUUGCAUGUUAUUUUCAGAAAGGUAUUUAGUACAUAAUACUUGUGUUAUUUUAAAAGUUAAGGUUAUUAAUGUCGUAAAUACCACAACAAAUAAUUUAUAUUAAUAGUAUUAUUUUAAUGAGGGUUUAAAAUAACUAUGUUGGUUAGUAUUUAUUUUGCUUUACUUCUUGAAUAUAGAUCGUAUCUUACAGUUGGGCCUGUUUUAUUACUAUUAGAUUGAAUUGUCCAAAUUCUUUAUUCCUGUCUUGGCUCAGUAGCAACAAGAUGAGCAUCUUAUAGUGUUUGCAUAAUGCAACGUGGUAAUGCUUGCAUCAAUUAGCCUCUCGUGCUGUCACCUUUCAAAUUCACAUUCCUAUUUAAGCGCUAAUGGCAAAAUCUAUGGCGUUCGCUUGGAUUCCACUUCAAGCAAAUCCGCCUAAGUCUUACCAAAGUUGUUGUUUACUGUUUAUAGGUUCAAUGUUAAGCAUUUAUGGGGUGCUGUUCAGUUAUGUAUGGAUUACUGUUAGCUUAGUAUGUACAGAAAGUCUUAUUAAUUAAUUGAUCUGUUGAGUUUAAAUGUUUCUCCAUUAUUAUACACAAACAAAUGUAUUACAUAACAUUACGUUUAAUACAUACUUAUCCCAAAACAACUCUAAAAAAAUUGUCUUCAGUUAAUACAUAAAAAAUUCAUAGGAUAUAUGAUACAAUGCUAUCUCCUCUUUCUAACACUCUUUGCAUUCAUUGUCAAAUUUUAUGUUGACUGAGCCUUUUAACCCUUCGCACACCACUAAUAAGUCCAUUGGUUUCCCUAUAACACCAAUAUAUUUAUAUAAUAUAUUUUUCUUUAAGAUAAAAACUAAUUUUUAUUAUAAAUAUGCUAUAAGAGGUAAAUGCAAAAAAUAAAACAGAAGGGCAUUUUGAUUAAAAUUAACAUAUUUUUUGAUAAAAAUCUAAAUACAACUAUUUACCAUACUGUUAUAAUUGAUCUAUUUGAUCAAUAAUUACAUCAAUAAUAAAUUUGAUCUAAAUUCAAAUUUAUUAUAAAUACAAUUUUAAAAAACUGAAACAUUAUAUAGACUAAUAAUUAUAUGAGAAUUUUCUUGUCUAAUGUUUCGUAGAUAAGGUCUAUGGUCUAUAAUAUUAUCUUAUCAUCUGGGCAGACAACUGAUAUAUUUGGUUAUGGCUCUAUAGGGCGCAGAACAGAUGAACAGGUGGAAGGAACUAGACAAAUGGCUUCCCCCUCCCCUGCCGCUGAAUUGAGGUUGUCUAUAAAUACUUCCUAGCCAACAGAGAUAGGCACGCACCGGCCAUUUCUAAGUCCUUUUGUGAACUAAAAAACUCGAAUAUUGAAUUUAAUUGUGUUUGGCAAUUUGGUCAAAGUCUACCAAUAUAAUGUAUCCGUUUAUAGCGUGGUAAGGGUUAAUAAGUUUUGCAAUCAAUGUAGAUUUUGCUAAAAGUAAAAAUUAACUUAAAUAAAUUUAAUAACAGGUUAACCCUUUAAGUGCUGAGUUCUCAACGGUGCUGUCACCUAGUAUUGCUGGGUUUAUUUGCUGUAUACAAAUCCGCUUCACAAUAGCAUACAUGUUGCGUGUUUCUCGUCUAUGAAUCAAUUUAUUAAUUAACUAAUUAGUUUUAGCAACAUCUUUAUUUACUAAACUGCCGCCAGAAUCUCCUGAUUGUCAUAUCAGAUUGUUGUUAAAAUAUUGAGUACACACCCGAUCACCAUCAUUCUCAAAAAAGUUAGGAACUGCUGAACACCUGACUCACCUAAUGCAUUUAGACUAAUCUAAAAAUGAUAAAAAGUCUUUAUCAGUAUUACAAAUCAUUCCUGCCAUACCGACUGAACCACAAUCAAAAUAGAAAAACUACAGUAGCUACUUUAAAAAUGCAAUUGAAAAAACUAGUAAACUACAACGUUCUGUUUCUGAUGUCCAGGUGAAACUCCACCAUGUGCUUUCAUGAUAGUUCCUUAGUUUAUCGUCAGAGUGUAGUAGUAACACAGCACUACUGUGGAUUUGUAGUAGUUCAAAUAAACACUACCAGAGGCCAGUGUGUAUCAUCUUAUAAGUGCCAUGCGUCGUGUAGUGAAGUAGCCGUUUGGAAUGUGUUAACACGGGUGUGGCAGUUGAACGCAAAGUAGGAUCGCUCAUGUUACCACGGGCAUGGUAAUUAAGUGUUUAAGGCCAUCUCUUUUGGUGAUGGGUAGUGUGUGAUUUUAUAAAGGGUAUUACUGCCAAAAACGCCAAGGCAUUUUCAGCCUUCAAGCAGAUUUAGUUCCAAACAUCAUAUUUAUUUUUAAUUUUCAUUAGAAAUGAAUGUAGUAAUAUCUACUUCUUGGUUAUAUAUUAUUAUGUCCUACAUAUUUCUUAGAAUUAAUCUUUUAUAAUGAAUACUAGGCAUAAACAUUGUUUAUAACAUUUUUACAUACACAAUCACAAUCUAAAUUUAUAUAUUAGCAAAAUGGAACAAAUUUGAAGUUCCUACCUUUUAUAGAAUUUAAGUAAUAACAGUUUAUGUGAAAGUUACAUUACUUUUAGGUUUAUUAGUGUAUAUGUUCUUAGCUAUUUGCAAUUACUUACUGGUAAAAAACUCGUAAGCGUAAAAAAAUGGUUUUUACAUAUACAUUUAAAAUUUAGCAACAAUAAAAACUAAGUUUCCUCUUCAUACCUACAAAAACUUGUUGCAGUAAAUUAAUAAUGUUUUUUAAAGUCAUUUGAUUUAGAGUACCCUCAAGAAAAGAAUUUAAAAAAACGAAUGCCGCCCACUGUGACACAGAUAUGUUUACUUAACACAAAUCUUGUUAACAUUUGAUUUUUGCAUUUAGUGGAAGUUUAUCUAUAUUACUGAAUGUCAUUAAAAUUGUACUUACUUUUGUGAUAAUCUUUUAAAACUUUGACUUAAAUAAUUGAAACUGUUUUUAAGCUAAACACACGAACACUGGCACAAAUACAACACUUUGAAUACAUACAGAAACCAUAAAAAUUGUUUUGUAUUUAACAAAAAAGUUAUGGAGUAUAUAAAGGACAAAAGAAAGAAACUAAUUUAUUUAGUAUUUAGUAACAAACACCCUUAAUAGUGUUUGAACAUAUCACCUUAUAAACAAAACAAUUAGAACAGGGUAUAAUUGUGCGCUAGAUAUAACUAUGUGCUAGGUAAAAUAUAUUUUUAUGUAAAUAGGAUUUUUAAAUAUUUUACAACUAGUUUGCAAAAACCAUGAUUUUUUUGGUUGAAACAUAUUAUUACCAAAUAUAUUUACUUGUAAUAUUUGUAGCUAUUGUAAUUUAUACAAAAGUAUUAAAAAAUUCAAACACUUGUAAUGUUGGUGUACAAAAGACAUUUAUGUUAAUGGUUUCUUAUGACAUUUUGCAUUUGUUUAUUGUAUGUAGAAUUCAUGUUGGACUCUGAUAUGUUAAAAUCAUUUACCUGUUUUAACAUUUUUUUAAUGUUACGUUAUGACAAUUUCUAGUAGAAUAGUUCCUUAUAAUACUAUAAUAUUAUUUUAGCUAUGGUUAGUGUAAAUUUUGAUUUGUUAAGGGAAAUAUGUAAAUAUGUCUGUUACAGAUACCUAUUACCAAAACUUAAAUCAAUUAAAAAUAAAUAUUUGGAGAA